CGCCCAAGAGGGCGGAGGGCCGAGGCUGCGCUGGGUCAGGCAGCAGCCGGAGCCGACAUGAACGGGCCAGCGCGGCGGGUCGCCCGGCCUCGGCCCCCGCGGGAGGGCAAGACGGAGCUCGCGGCGGCGGGCCAGAGCAGCGCCGGAGAGCCGCGCAAGGACCCCGUCAAGAAGAGCUGGAUCCUGGACCCCUCUGGAGACUACUACUACUGGUGGCUCAACCUCAUGGUGGCCCCCAUCAUGUAUAACUGGAUCAUCCUCAUCUGCAGGUCUUGCUUCCCUGAUCUGCAGCACAAGUACCUGUUUGUGUGGCUGGCCCUGGACUACUUCUGUGACCUGCUCUACCUGCUGGACAUCGGGGUGCAUUUCCACACCGGGUUCCUGGAGCAGGGCAUCCUGAUCCAAGACCGGGGCCAGAUCUCCCGGCGCUACAGCUGCUCCUCGUCCUUCCUGUGGGACCUGCUCUCGCUGCUGCCCACCGACUUGCUCUACCUGCCCCUGGGGGUGGGCCGGCCGGCGGUCCGGGCCAACCGCUUCCUGCGCACCCCGCGGCUCUUCGAGGCCUUUGACCGGGCCGAGACCCGCACGGCGCACCCCAACGCCUUCCGCAUCGCCAAGCUGAUGCUGUACGUCUUCAUCACCAUCCACUGGAACAGCUGCGUCUACUUUGCGCUCUCCGGCCACAUCGGCUACGGGGCGGACGAGUGGGUGUACCCCAACACCAGCGCGCCCGGCUUUGAGCGGCUGCGGCGGCAGUACCUCUACAGCUUCUACUUCUCCACGCUCAUCCUGACCACGGUGGGCGACACGCCCAUGCCCCACCGGGAGGAGGAGUUCCUCUUCAUGGCCGUCGACUUCCUGCUGUCCGUCAUGGGCUUCGCCUCCAUCAUGGGCAGCAUGACCUCCGUCAUCGCCAACAUGAACCAGGCUGACGCGGCCUUCUACCCCAACUACGACCUGGUGAAGGACUACCUGCACGCCCACCGGGUCACCCGCCGCGUCCAGCACCGCGUGGUCAGCUGGUACCAGCACCUGCAGAUGAACAAGAAGAUGACCAACGAGCUGGAGAUCCUCCAGCACCUGCCGGAGCGCCUGCGCGCCGAGGUGGCCGUCAGCGUCCACCUGCCCACCCUCCGCAAGGUCCAGAUCUUCCAGCACUGCGAGCAGAGCCUGCUGGAGGAGCUGGUCCUCAAGCUGAAGCCUCAGGUCUACAGCCCCGGCGAGUACGUCUGCAAGAAGGGGGACGUCGGCCGGGAGAUGUACUUCAUCCGCGAGGGGCAGCUGGCCGUGGUGGCCGACGACGGGGUGACCCAGUUUGCCGUGCUGGGGGAGGGGCUCUACUUCGGGGAGAUCAGCAUCAUCAACAUCAAAGGAAACAAGUCUGGGAACCGGCGCACGGCCAACAUCAAAAGCAUUGGCUUCUCGGACCUCUUCUGCUUGUCCAAAGAGGACCUGACGGCGGUGCUGGCCGAGUUCCCCGACGCCAAGGCCAUGCUGGAGGCCAAGGGCCGGGAGAUCCUGCUCAAGAUGGACAAGCUGGACGUCAACGCGGAGGCGGCAGAAAUCGCCCAGCAGCAGCAGGAGGAGCGGAGGGCGGCGGCCCUGGAGGACGGCCUGGAGGUGCUGCAGACAAAGCUGGCCCGCGUCCUGGCAGGCCUGGAGUCCAGCGCCUUCAAGAUGGCCCUGCGCCUGGAGCGCCUGGAGUGGCAGAUGCGGGCGUGGGGGGAGGAGGAGGAGGAGGAGGAGGAGGAGGAGGGGGUCUCCCCUUAGCACCCCCCCCCCAAGCUCACCCCCCCCCUCUGGGUCCCAGCUUCUCUUCCCAGCCAAGCUGAACCGGAGGCCUAGCUGGGCAGAGCUCCUGGGCCGCAAAUCCCCUUAGGCAGCCGCGCUCCACCAGUCUGGGGGCUGCACCCCUUCCCGUGGCAGGCAGGCGGGGGCUGGUGUGGCUGAAUGCUCCCCUCCCCACCAGAGAUUCCCUGCGGAGGGGAGGGGAGGGGAGAGGGCUCCCGCUUAGCCGCCUCCCUGAAGGAAUGGGUUCAUGGGGUGGACCUUCUCCCACCACGCGAGGCCCGACCUGUGGACCCAGCAUUUCCACCUUGGUGAGAACGAGCCAGA